CUCCUAACAAGGAGCCAGGUAGGCGCCACCUUCACUUCUUACCCUCUCUUCAAUAAUUCUCUCGUUUGGGGGUACCAGAAAAGUUCCACCUUUACACAUCAUAAAAAAGGAUAAAUAUUCAUUUCCUUUCUUUUCUUCCCCAUUCUUCCCUUCUCUAUACACCCGUUUCUUCUUUUUCUUCCAGUAGCCACUUGUUUGAGCUUUGUGGAAUAGGCCCAAAAUCUGUGGUUUUCUCUCUUUCCUUUUGUUUUUCCUGUAGGCCUUGGUUAUAGGAGAAAUUUCCUCAAGUUUCAGACUUAUCUCCCGGGGGGGUGUCCGAUCCGAUCUUGGAAUGAUGAUGUUUGAUGAUAUGAGUAUUUGUGGAGAUAUGGAUUUCUUAUGUGCUCCCGCUGGGGAAAAAGAUGCGGCGGUCCCGCAGAUGGAAGUAGAGGCUGCAGUAGAGGAUGAUUUUUCUGAUGAAGAGGUUGAUGUCGAUGAACUUGAGAAGAGGUUGUGGAGGGACAAAAUGCGGCUCAAACGGCUCAAGGAACAGCAGAAGGGCAAGGAGGUGAUCGAUGUCGCUAAACAGCGUCAGUCCCAAGAACAAGCUAGGAGAAAAAAGAUGUCGAGGGCGCAGGAUGGGAUAUUGAAGUACAUGUUGAAGAUGAUGGAGGUUUGCAAGGCUCAAGGUUUUGUUUAUGGAAUUAUUCCGGAGAAGGGAAAACCGGUAACUGGAGCAUCUGACAAUCUUCGAGAAUGGUGGAAGGAUAAAGUCCGAUUUGAUCGUAAUGGUCCUGCUGCUAUUGCCAAGUACCAGGCAGAUAAUUCGAUUCCCGGCAAGAACGAUGGCUGUAACUCCACCGGCCCGAUCCUGCACACCUUGCAAGAACUUCAAGAUACAACGCUUGGUUCUCUUUUGUCUGCACUGAUGCAGCAUUGUGAUCCCCCUCAGAGGCGGUUUCCUUUAGAGAAAGGUGUUCCCCCACCAUGGUGGCCUACUGGCAACGAGGAGUGGUGGCCACAGCUUGGAUUGCCCAAAGAUCAAGUCCCUCCUCCUUAUAAGAAACCUCAUGACUUGAAGAAAGCUUGCAAAGUCGGGGUUCUCACGGCAGUAAUCAAGCAUAUGUCUCCUGAUAUUGCCAAGAUUCGCAAGCUCGUAAGGCAGUCUAAGUGCCUGCAGGACAAGAUGACAGCAAAGGAGAGUGCAACAUGGCUUGCUAUCGUUAACCAGGAGGAGGCUUUGCUACGAGAGCUCUACCCUGAUUCCUGCCCACCACUCUCCUCGGGUGGAGGAAGUGGGAGUUUCGUUCUCAACGACUGCAGCGAGUAUGAUGCUGAAGUUGAGCCGAACUUUGAUGUGCAAGAGCCUAAACCUGGGAAUCUCAAUGCAUUCAAUUUGGGUAUCAAUACAAUGAGGACCGUUCAACAACAAUCAUAUCCUCUUAAUGUAGUUGUCAAUAAUCUGGAUUUCAUGCGAAAGAGGAAACCAUCUGAAGAUCUGAACAUGAUGGACAACAAGAUCUACACUUGUGAGUUCCUCCAGUGUCCUUAUAAUGAACUUCGCAUGGGAUUUCAUGACAGGACUGCCAGGGACAAUCAUCAGUUAAUUUGCCCCUACAGAAACUCUUCCCGACAGUUCAGUGGUUCAGAUUUUAACGUGAAUGAAGUGAAACCAGUCAUUUUCCCUCAACAUUUUUCACCAUCCAAGCCACCUGCACCAUCUAUUACAUCUGUUACAACACCCUAUGACCUAUCAGGACUUGAAGUUCCAGAAGAGGGGCAAAAAACGAUCGGAGAGCUCAUGUCAAUGUAUGAGAACAACAUGCAAGGCAACAAGAACAUGAAUACCGUAAUCAGUCCGGUAACCGAAGGUCAAAAUAUCCUUCAGCCGAAAAUGCAACAGCAACAGGAUGGAUUCUUCGGCAGUCAAUUCAUGGUGGGGGGAAAUUUCUUCGCACAGUCCAGCAUGGCUCGUAACCAUCAGAUAUUUUCGCAAGUGGAUGGCCAAUUUGACCGUUUUAAAGCUCUGAAUCCUCCGUCCGAGACCAACCACAAUAACAACAACAGCUUCCAGAUGAUGUUUGGUUCUCCGUUCGAUCUGGCGUCUUUUGAUUACAAGGAAGAUCUACAAGCAGCUGGGGCGGAUACCAUGCCGAAGCAGGAUGGUCCAUUCUGGUAUUGAGUAACAAAGUACUGAUCACAUUUGGUAUAUUUAUUUUUUUCAUCACACCACAGUUUUCAAGCAGAAAUAUCUACCUUUUACUUCCCCUAUUGUCUUUUCUACACAGAAGUAGCUACAAACCACAUUUUUUUACUUGGUUUUUGUAUUUUUCUUCAUGCUUGUAGCUGGUAGAAGCUAGCAAGCUUAGCAGGUCUUCAUGUUAGGCUUUCAAUAAAACAAACAAGUACAAUAAUCCUGCUAUGGAUUUACAUAGGAUGUUAUUGUCUCCUAAAUAAGUUUGUUAUGUAUAAUGUAUUGUCUCUGUUAUUUUUCUUCCCCUUCCAUUUUAACUUGUUUAAACUUUGAGUCAGGUUCUCCCAUGAUCAUGUUUUGUAGGAUUCCGAAUGUUUUUGUCCUGUAAUGGGUACAUAGUUGACAGGUUGUGUUGAAUGGAUGGAAACUGUUUGUCGUUUAGUGUCGACCUCGUUGUUCAUCCCACAGCAGUUAAUGCAAAGAAGAUGGUUGAGUUUCACUAGAAUCCUGCAUUUGGUGGAAGCCUGAAUUGGAACCGGUCUUGUUUUGUGCCAAGUGUGCCUGUGUUUGGUGGGGUCAGCUUUCUUUGGCUUCGUUCAAAAAGUUUGGAACUCGUCUUUUCAAUGGUCCCCAUUUCUGGAAGAAAAACAAACAAAUACCAGGCAAUUAAAUAAUACUUCUUCUCCACCCAAAAUGAAAGGACAACGAUCCAAAC